AUGCUUGAAGCUGUUAUUAAUUUUAUUGUUUUAUUCACAUAUUCAAAUCCCUGUGAUUGUUUAACACAAGUUUGGUUAGUUUAUUUGAUUAGAAUGCCACAAUAUAUCUACUAUCUUGGCUCUCCUUUAUUUCAUCUUGCUAUAAUGUUUGAACGUCUUUUGGCUACAGUUUAUGUUAAAAUUUAUGAGAAACAAGGGAAAAUGUUCGGGGUUAUUAGCACAAUUAUUUGGAUAUUAAAUCUAAUGUUUGGCCUUUACCUUUACAUUACAACACAAAUGGAUACGGACACAUUUGGGCAUCCGAUGGUGUAUCUAAUAAUAACAACGAAAUAUAAUUCUCAAACGCUUAUAUACCUCACCUUCAUUUUCUUGUUUUUGGUAAUAUGUGUAGCUAUAGCUGAUUAUUAUUUAAUUGUUCGGAAUCGUAAAAUUAAAUUAAAUUUGUACGUAAAUAUACAUAUUUAUUUACAAAUAAAUUACUUAAUUUAA